AAAUUUAAAAUGUCAGCAAAAAUUCUUAUCUCUGGUACUAUCGUAUGGGCUCACAAGGAAAUUGAGCAGCUCAAGCAAUUUGGUGAAGUCGUACAACUCACAUCAACCUCCCGUCAGCAAUUCUACGAGGAACUAGAGACCAAGUACUCCGGUAUAGUCGCAAUCUACAGACACAACGACAGCGCAAGCAAAAUUGGUUUCUUUGAUAAAGAAUUGAUAGAUAAGUUACCAUCAACUGUGAAAUUUAUCUGCCACAAUGGCGCUGGAUAUGAUCAAAUUGAUGUCGACGCAGCAACUGCUAGAGGUAUUCAAGUAUCUCACACACCAGCAGCUGUAGACGACGCCACAGCUACUACAGCAAUGUUCUUGAUCUUAUCUUCAUUACGUCAAUACUGGAAAGCAGAAGUUAACGCUAGAAAGGGUGUCUUCAAGCAAGGUUUAAAGCCAGCUUCUGAUCCAGAAGGUAAAACAAUUGGUAUCAUCGGUAUGGGUGGUAUCGGUGGCGCAUUAGCAAAGAGAGCUUUAGGUUUCGAUAUGAAAAUAAAAUAUCACAAUAGAAGAGAAAUUCAACCUCCUCCAAGUUUCCCAUGCGAGUAUGUCAGCACUCUGGAUGAGUUACUGGCUACCUCUGACGUCAUCUCACUUAACCUCCCACUCAAUGAAAAAACAGCAAACUCAUUCGGUAGAGAACAAUUCAGCAAGAUGAAGGACGGUGCGGUCUUGAUUAACACAGCUAGAGGUGGUGUUGUCGAGCAAGAAGCAUUCAUUGACGCCCUCAAGUCUGGUAAAUUGUCCUCAGCAGGUCUCGACGUUUAUCCAGAUGAGCCAAACAUCGACCAAAGAUUGAUUGACAUGCCAAACAUUUCCCUUCUCCCACACAUGGGUACGGAAACACGUGAAACCCAACACAAAAUGGAAGUCUUAGUUAUUGACAACAUCAAGAGUGCUAUCUCCUCUGGCAAACUCCUCAAUCAAGUACAUGAACAGAAGAAAUGAUGUAAAUAAAUGCCAAUAUUUAAAUAAAUGUAAUUGUCCGUAUAUUCCUACUUUCCUAGACGUUGUUCGACUUUACCAUAUGAAUAGAGUGCCCUUGUUAGAACGUCUUCCGAUAACGCGCCCCUUGAGAACGGCAAACGAUAUUUUUCAUGAUAUAUUUCACCAACCCUGAGUUGCCAUGGAGGGAACCCCUUCACCUGUAAACAUUUACUGAUGAAUGAUGGUUGAAGGUGGUGAACAACUAUUAAUUCGGGAUCAUCAUGCUUAUACCAUCUCUUCAUAAGACUAUCUGUGAAUGCGAUUCGUUGGGUAUGUGAACUAAAUUCCUCGUUUUGGACAUCCGCAGCUACUUUGAAGAAUCUCUCCGUUGCUUCAUCGCCUGAGAGUAGUCUCACAGAGACGGUACUUUUGUUUAUGUUACCAAGACUCUGUGGGGUUAAUGUAGGUGUUGGUGGAGGAGACAGCGGUGGCGUAUCUGUACUCGUAUCUUCGACAUCGACAUCGUUAUAAUACUUUUUGAGAGUUCCUGUGUGCUCAUAUAUAGUUAGUUGCUGAACACCAUGGUUUUCGCACCACCUGGUAGCAUUCUUAGCGCUAUCUAUUAACCAUUGUAACUGCUUGUCACGCUUCCAAAGCCCUUUAUAUUCAUUCAAAAUUAGGACAACUGCUAAAGUUCUUGGCGCUUGAACGUUAUAACUCUUUCGUAAUCUGAGUGCUGCUUUGAGACUUUUAAAUAAUUGAACGCUGAGAUGCAAUAGAUGCAAAAAUAUUAAUAACGCCAACAAGAGCGUCUUCUUUAAUAUCGCGACUAGUUGCAUGUUGGGUAUAUGGAUGUUGGGAACUAA